AUGCUGGUCUACACAAGCGAUAUCAAGCACCAUCGACGGGCGCCGCCGCCGCCAGGGGAACACGGCCUCGCCGUGGGCGCUGCCGGGGUGGGGGCGCUGCUGGUGCUGGCCACCAAGCGGCACGCGGGGUGGGUCCAUCUUAAGGACGACGGCAUUUUCACCUCGUUCCGGUGGAACAAACGGUACAUGGUGAUCACCGACAAGACGGUCAACUUCUAUCGCCUGGAUGAUAACGUGACCCUGCAGCAGCCCGACCUUUCGUUCCCGUUAAACCUCAUCGCCACCAUCAACUUAAAGCCGCUGACGGGGUACUCGAAACUGCUGCAGCUGAUCGAGAUUGUCCCCAAAAACGGCGGCAAGGCGAUGCUCAUUUCGAUCAAGCUGAACCACGACUACUUGGACUGGCUCGACGUGUUUACGCGUAAGUGUCCUUUAGUCCAGAUCAAUAACGGUACCACGACGCUGCUGGUGCUGUCGCCAAUCAAUUUUACCCACCGAGUCCACGUUGGCUUUGACCCGGCGCUGGGUAACUUCACGGGUUUACCCGAUACCUGGAAACUGUUGUUGCAACACUCUAAGAUCACCAAUGAGGACUGGAAAAAGGACCCCGUGGCAGUGAUUGAAGUGUUGGAGUUCUACAGUGACAUUAACGGCGGUAUGGGCAUGCUGGGGCAGACGCUGCCUCUGGGAGGGAUGCUGGCGCUGCUGCUGCUGAACGGCAUUUCCCUGGCUCCGCAAGCCAAGCAAAUCGCUCCGGCCCAGCCUGGCUCUCAUGAUUGGGUGAAACACCCGAAACCUCAGCAGUUUAAGCCCACGCGGGCGGCGCCCAAGCCUCCGGUACCUUACCAUUUGACUAAGGACCAACUGAGUCAAUCGUUGCUGACACCGUCGCAACAGACCCUGUCGCAGCUGGGCCCGUCGCAACUGGGCCCGCAGCUGGGACUCGAGGCCGUUCGCCCGCCGCCUCCACCUCCUUCUCAGUUACCGCGUUCGGCGCUGCUGACCUCGUUGUCUCAGCAUGCUCAAGGAGCCCCCUACCAUGGCGCCGUGCUGCAACCUCAGGCCCACCCCGCGUCUGGGGUUAAAGCUCAACUACCCUCGCAUCCUCAACAACCGCCGCCUCAGCAGCAACCGCCGCAACAGCAGCAGCAGCAGCAACGACCAUGGCCUCAGCAACAACAACAGCCACCCCAACAACAGCAAUAUCAACAGCAACAACCUCAACGGCCUCAACAGCCUCAACAACAACAACAACAACCCCAACAGCAUCAACAGCAGCAACAAUACCUCCAAAAGCAGCACCAGCAACCACAAUACCAGCAAUACCAACAUCAACACCAACAACAACAACAACAGCAACACCAGCAGGCUCCCCAACAGCAGCCGCCUCAACCCCCCCAGACUCCUCAUCAACAACGCGUGCAUCCUGAUCUUAAGAUCUCCAAUAACUACACCCAACCGCAGACGCCUCAAGGGGCUCCGCCAAAGCAGGCUCCUCCAUCGGCAGUACCUCCUCCCGUGUCUAACGAUGCCACUGCUGAUUCGCAACCGAUUCCUCAAGGGUCUAAGUAUACUGCACCGCUGCCGAGCCAAGCUGACUACAUCAAGCCGUUUGGCCUCACGUCGAAGAUGGCGCAGUCGUCGCCGAGUUCGGCGCCUCUGUCACUGACACCGAAGAAGGGUCUCAACGUGAUGAAGACGCCGUCGAAACCCACCCAUGCCAAGAAGCCCGAGACUAAUGGUCUGGCCCCGGCACCAGGGGCGCUGGGGACGUCGGCUCUGAGUAAGCUGGCGAAGCAGUUGAAGAAGGAGCGCGAGAAGCUUAAUGACCAACAGAUUCUCGCCAAGCUUAAGACGGUGGUUAACCCUAAGGACCCGACUCCCUUGUUCAACAUCAUCCAAAAGGCGGGUCAAGGGGCCCUGGGGGCGGUGUAUCUUGCCGAAUACAUUUCCAACCGCGAUAAAGUGGCGAUCAAGCAGAUGGACUUGAACGUGCAACCGCGGAAGGAGCUUAUCAUCAACGAGAUUCUCGUGAUGAAGGACUCGCAGCACAAGAACAUCGUCAACUUUUUGGACCUGUACUUACGCGGUCUGCUGGACUUGUGGGUGAUUAUGGAGUACAUGGAAGGUGGUUCGCUUACGGAAGUGAUUGAAAACAACGGCUACAAGCUUACUGAACGCCAGAUUGCCACCAUCAGUUUUGAGACCCUUAAAGGGUUGCAACACUUGCACAAAAAGCACAUCAUCCACCGUGACAUUAAGCUGGACAACGUGUUGUUGGAUGCUCGCGGUAACGUCAAGAUCACCGACUUUGGUUUCUGUGCUAAGCUUACCGACCAACGUAAUAAGCGGGCGACGAUGGUGGGUACUCCAUACUGGAUGGCCCCCGAAGUGGUGAAGCAAAAGGAGUACGAUGAGAAGGUCGACGUGUGGCUGUUGGGGAUCAUGACGAUCGAGAUGAUCGAAGGCGAGCCGCCGUACUUGAACGAAGAGCCGCUUAAGGCGCUUUACCUCAUUGCCACCAACGGCACCCCCAAGUUGAAGAAACCUGAGCUUUUGAGUAACCUGAUUAAGAAGUUUUUGAGCAUUUGUCUUUGCGUCGAUGUGCGGUACCGGGCCACCACCGAUGAGUUAUUGGAACACAGUUUCAUCCAGCACAAGCUGGGGCUGAUCGACGAGUUGUCUCUGUUAUUGGAAUGGAAGAUCAACGGCGACCAACAGCACUAA